ACACACACACACACACACACACACACCCUCUGAAGACCAGGCUUCAGGCAAGUACACCGUUUUCUACACUUCUGCUUCACUUGUUUUCUGUGCUCACUGGAGUGAUAAUCAUGGCUCAUUCAACUGUAAGUGUCCAGCCAGCCAUGAUUCUGGCCCCUGAUAACUUCAAGCAAAACAUGUGGAGCACAGGAGUGUGUGACUGCUGCGACGACAUGGGCAUCUGUUGCUGUGGUUUAUGGUGCACAUACUGCCUCAUGUGUCAGACCAGUGAGAACUUUGGAGAGUGUCUCUGUCUCCCCAUGCUGGAGAUUUGCUUCGGAGGCAUUUUGCAUCCAAUCACAUUCGCCAUGAGGAGCAGUAUGAGAGAGAGAUACCAGAUCAGGGGUUCGAUUCAGGACGACUGCUGCGCGGUGACCUGCUGCACGGUGUGUGUCUGGUGUCAGAUGGCCAGAGAGCUGAAGGCUCGUCGACAGAAUCUGGUGGUCAUCAACUCCACCGUACACACGAUCCACCAGCAGCCUCAAGCCUUCAACCAGCCGACUCAAGCCGUCAAUAUGGGCUACCAGCCUCCGGGAUACCAGUGACCUUUAACCUCGAGCUCCCCGGAGAGCAACACCUGCUGUUCUGUUGAAGUUACGUAGUCGUCAGGAAAUCUGUUAAGAAGUUAUUUCUAUAUUCAUACCUAUAGCCUACUUGUUUAACGAGGCCAAUAUUUUUUUCUGAACAAAUAACGGUUUUAUUUUUUUAUUUUCUCUAUAGACAAAUUGCCAAAUGUAGAUUUAUAUAUAUAUAUAUUAAACUGAUUAAAACUG